AUGUGGCCUCCGACGUCGAAUUCUGCAGAUAAGAUGGCUCCGGUGUCGACGCGGCUCGUUGCUGUGGCCAUCGACAAGGACAGAGGCAGCCAAAUCGCCCUCAAAUGGGCAACCGACAAUAUCCUUGUCAAAGGCCAGACCGUUAUUUUGGUCCACGUCCGAUUCAAACAAUCCGGAUCCCCUUUGUCCUCCCCAUGGCCUAACCAAGCCUCUGAUGGCGGCGACGAAAUCGACGACGAUCCACACUUGAAGGAGCUCUUCCUUCCUCUCCGCGUCCUCUGCACGCGAAAAGAUAUACAGCGCCACGAGGUUGUGUUGGACGAAGCAGACGUCUCGAAAGCUCUCAUCGAAUUCACGAGGCAGAACGCAAUCGACAUGCUUGUUCUUGGCGCCACAAAUAAAGGAAACAUCUUCAGAUUUAAGGCCAAAGAUGUCCCUGGAACUGUACUAAAAAAUGCACCGGAUUUCUGCACGAUUUACGUGAUCCACAAGGGGAAGAUCUCGUCCACGAGAGCCUCCACUCGUCCGCCUCCUUCCAGCCAACUCCGGAACCAGAUAUUGCUUCAAGCCAGCAUCAAACACAACAACGCGGCCGAGCAGAACUCUUUGCAUUCAAACACCACUUCUAGAAGUUCCUUUUCAGCAAACUCACGCUACGGAUCUGAGCAAUCUCCGCGCUCAAGCAGGCUAAGCGACGCCACUUUCAAGUCUCCAUUCGCUUCGCGUAGAGGCCCGAACGGGAGGGCUUAUGACAUCUCUCCACCGGAUACUGAUAUUUCGUUUGUCAGCUCAAGGAGAAGUGUGGAUGUGUUCCCUACUUCCAUGGACUUUCUUGAUGGCCCAACGCCUCCGCGCCUCUCAGGAUUCUCCGAUGUGGAUUAUCAAGGCUUUGACUCUUGGAACCUCGGACGCAAAUCAGUAGACGUUUUGUCUCCAAUAGACUUCUCCUCUGCUUCACCUGAACACGACAAAGGCUUCGCUCCACAAAAUAUGGAUGAUGUUGAAGCGGAAAUGAGACGGUUAAAGCAGGAGCUGAAGCAAACAAUGGAUAUGUAUAGCAGUGCAUGCAAAGAGGCUCUCACAGCAAGAGAGAAGGCGAAAGAGCUGCAGCGCUGGAAAAUGGACGAACAGAGGAGGUUAGAAGAGGCGCGGAUUGCUGAAGAAACAGCAUUGGCUCUUGCGGAAAAAGAGAAGGCUAAGUCUAAGGCAGCACUCGAGCAUGCUGAAGCCGCUCAAAGGAUAGCGGAGUUAGAAGCUCAAAAGAGAAUCACCGCGGAAAUGAGGGCCUUGAAAGAGGCCGAAGAAAAGGGUAGGUCUAUUCAGACAGACUGCAGGUACAGGAGGUACACGAUCGAGGAGAUUGAGGCUGCUACUGAGUUUUUUGCACAGUCGAGAAAGAUUGGAGAAGGAGGGUACGGCCCGGUUUACAAGUGUUAUUUGGACCAUACUCCGUGUGCAGUAAAAGUCCUUCGCCCCGAUGCAACUCAUGGAAGAUCACAGUUUAACCAAGAGGUUGAGAUUCUGAGCUGCAUACGACACCCGAACAUGGUCCUGCUUCUAGGCGCCUGUCCGGAGUAUGGUUGCCUAGUGUAUGAGCAUAUGUCGAACGGAAGCUUAGAAGACCGUCUAUUUCAGCGUGGCAAGACUCCACCGAUAUCUUGGCAGCAUAGGUUCCGGAUCGCUGCUGAGAUCGGGACUGGCUUGCUUUUCCUCCACCAAACCAAACCCGAGCCCCUGGUGCACCGUGACCUGAAGCCUGCCAACAUCCUACUUGACCGCAACUACGUCAGCAAGAUCAGUGAUGUCGGCCUGGCCAGGCUCGUCCCUCCAUCCGUGGCUGACAAUGUCACUCAAUAUCGAAUGACAUCCACAGCCGGGACCUUCUGCUACAUUGAUCCCGAGUAUCAGCAAACGGGUAUGCUUGGUGUGAAAUCUGAUAUAUACUCGCUAGGAAUCAUUUUUCUACAGAUCCUCACGUCGAAGCCCCCCAUGGGGUUGAGCCACCACGUUGGAAGAGCUGUCGACCAAGGGACCUUUGCUGAGAUGCUCGACCCAUCAGUACCCGAUUGGCCUUAUGAAGAGGCCUUGUCCCUUGCCAAGAUAUCACUCAGGUGUGCUGAACUUAGGCGGAAAGACCGCCCGGAUCUUGGGAAAGAAGUGCUCCCCGAACUCAACAAACUUAGAGAUCUUGCAGAAGAUUGUUAUCCUAUGCCAUACAGCAUGCACUCUCCCUGCCAUAGUCAAGUUUCCAUUUCCAAAGAGGAUUUGAGUUACCAAGAGUCAAGCAUGGAGAUUUGAAACGACGGUAUAAAGAUAAUGUUUAACUGUAAUUAGAAGUUCAGCACUGCUCUUUUUUUCCUUCAGUGAAUAUAGUUUUGAUAUUAUGUAAAGAUUUUAGGUUUCACGAGGAAUGCGCGACAUGCCUCGUGAGGUUCUUGUUUCGUACGAACAGGGCCGAACUUUUUUUCGACAUUUCCUUUUU